GCACAACAAGGUGGCAGAAAGCAACUCAAAGAAUGAAAAGGCGUGACUUCUGGAGGCUCAGGAGUGUCACGUGCGAUGUUCCUUGGACAGUUUCCUGCCUUCCACGGCGGUGAUGGCCUCGCUCUGUAGCCAUCACCUUUCUUGAGGCAGGCAGAGUAAAAACCUUGACAGCCUGAUAUUGUUUGAAACAGGUGAAGCUCUUCCUGUCAGACACUUUCAGCUGUCACAAAAAAAAAAAAUCACAUAAUCUUUCACCUGCUUGGAUCAAUUUCUGCAAUAAAUUAACUUUUUUAAAAUGGCUUUCACUCUUUUUUUUAUUGUGGAAAGGUUCCCUCAAGAACAAACGAGACCUCUGCUUCAGUUAUUGGGCCUUCUUGUGCUAAUUUAAUUUUAUGAUUGUUUAAUGUCCGCCUCCAUCAGCUGGUGCUGAAAUAAUUUAUAAAUGACACGUGUAAUACAGUUCUCUAAUAAGUGAUUCUGUUCACUGAUGGAAGAAUUCUCUCAUUAAAGAUUCAUGGAGGUUGCCUGCUGAGGUCUGAUGAGCAGCGCUACAGAACUAAUAAAAUGUGGGUCGCUGCAUAAAGUGUGGACUGUCUUCACGGCUUCACUGCCCCAUAUUGAGAUUCAAGAUGAGGGUUUAGCUCCCCACAGAUAUUCAGAAGUGAUUAAAAAACUUUGCCCUGCGUGUUCUUUAAUAAAUGCUGCAUUUUGUAAAGUGAGCCCAUUACGUGUCAUACAUUUUUCAAAAUAAAGGGAAGGUUACUGACACCGUAAGCAGUUUUUUUAAAGCUGCAGAAGAAAAUAAAAGCACAUGUAAAAAAGUAUCAAACAUAAUUUCACCAAUGAGAAUCUUCAGUAACACACUGCAUAUUAUCGUAAUACAGCAUUUUAUGAAACCCACCUGCAGGCGAGAAGGAAAGAUGCCAGCAGCUGAUUGAGAACUAAAGGAUUUAAAGGAUAAUUCCCACUUUUUCAAUGUUUAUGAGUCACCAAAUUGAAAAAAAAAAGCCAUGUCACUCUCCAAAUAUAUUAAAACUGUUACAAAUUAGCAUCAUCAGGGGCCAUGUUGGCCCAGAGGGCUUUUUGAAUGCAUUAAAACAUGUACUGUUUUUCUCGCAGCUCUGUUUAUUAGUUGUCAUAAUUAAAAAAGAAGCAUUAUAUAUAUAUACACAACUGUCCAGGUCGAGUUGAAAGAUAAAGUUACUGUGUGUUUGAGUUGUAAAAUCCAGUUUUGUGCAGUGUUUUGGCUUCAGAUUGUAAAUGAUAAAAAAAGAAGAAAAUUCAGUCGAGUCACAAAUCGUUUCUGGAGCUUCACAACAAAACAGCUGAAGCAGCCGGAGACUCGAUAUAAUAAGAGAACGACGGAAAAAAACAAAACAUGAAAUGUCUCAAUACAGCUCGGCUGGCGUUAUCAAAAUCUCCAGAAGCCCUGAGAACCUACAAUGAUUUUAAAAACGCAUUAUUUACAUCCACUUCAGACCAGUUGCAUGCUAGCACUUUUAGCUUAGCAGGUACCCUGAGAACUUUGACUUGAAGAAGGGCGUGAAUAACCUCUUUUCAAAUCUCUUUAGGAUCUCAGGGGUUCUGGAGGCAUAGGUAACCUUGAUUUUCUUCCUGUUGUCUCCAUCUACUUCAGUCCUUUAGGAGAAUGCUGCAAUGCUGUUUUGUGGUGAAGCUCCAGAAUUUACAUGGUGGACAGCAGAUAACGAGUACAUUUUCAGUUUUAGGACGACCUUAUCCUUGGCUGACUGAAGUCUGGUUUUCUGUCCCUUCGUGUCCUGUGAUUUCUCUGCUGUCACUAUUUAAUGAAAGCAUAAAAUACAAGUUAAAACGAGUCUGUCUCUUAAACCCCUGCUGUAGAUAACACAUGUGUUUUUUUAUGUGCAGAUGCUGUAAAGUGCCCUCAGUAAAACCUUUGCACCAUCUGCUCAUUCCUGAGUGGGUCAGACUUUUCAUUCCUGGAGUCUGAGCUGAAACUACUUCAGCCAGUGAAUCACUCUGAUGAGAUUUAUUACAGGCCUCUGCAGAAAAGAACCUAACACAGCGAUCCCGGCUGAUUCCUCCAUUUUAACGGUUAAGGACUCCAUGCGACGGCCCCCUCUGACAGGACUUCAUGAACCGCACCCUGCCAAUAGGAUUUAGGCUGAGCUGUGUUGAGGGAGUGGAAGAGCUGAUCAACACCUCAGAGGGAGGUUUCUGUCUGGGUCUCAGCGUGUUCAGGCAAGACACGCUGCUUCCACUUUGCAUUUUCUUCGUCCUCAUUCUGUAAGGAAACCUCAGCGCGCCACUCAUUACUUCAAGUCUUUGACAUUUUGAAUUGUUCUCCUAUCUGAUCUGCACAAUGUCUCAGUGGAAGUGAGACGGAAGUUAAAUGAGAAUGCCAGACGAGGCCAACAGGGACUCACCAAAGAAAUCAGUGGGAGAGAUCAGUGAUCAACAUGAGCAGCCUCAAGACGAGAGGAAAGCAGCGCAGACGAGGACCUUCACCAGAUGGAUGAAUGUGUUCCUGCAGAGAAGUGAUCCUCCAGUCGCGGUGCACGACCUGUUCACAGACAUUCAGGACGGCAGAAUACUCAUGGCUCUGCUGGAGGAGCUGUCUGGCUGCAAACUACUUUACAGGUUCAGGUCGUCUUCUCACCGUCUCUUCAGACUCAACAACAUUUCCAAGGCUCUGUCUUUCCUGGAUGACAGACAUGUGAAGCUGGUUGGCAUCGAUGCCUCUGGUAUUGCUGAUGGCGUCCCGUCUGUUGUUCUGAAUCUCAUCUGGAACAUCAUCCUCUACUUCCAGGUAAAGGCUGCGACGAGAGGCCUCCAGAGGCAUUUGUCUUGCAGCCUUUCUUCCUUAUCAAUGAGCAGUUACCCCUCCUCCACUGACCUCUCACCCCCGCCAAAUGACAUUGGCAGCUACUCCUGCAGCACCCUGCCAAGCAAAGGCAGGAAGGCUGCCAGGAAGCCAAAGUACCAUGGGAAAGCAAUCAAGACUCUGCUGCAGUGGGUCCAAAGAUGCACAUCAAAGUUUGGGGUGGAUGUGCAUGACUUUGGGAAGAGCUGGAGGAGUGGGCUGGCAUUCUUAGCAAUGAUUAAGUCCAUAAAUCCAGCCUUGGUUGACCUGAGGGAGAGCAUGCAUCGAGAGCCGAGUGAAAACCUCCAGCUGGCUUUCUCGAUAGCCCAUCAUGGCUUGGAUAUAGCACCUCUGCUGGAGCCUGAAGAUGUGUCAUGCACCACGCCAGAUGAGCAGUCCAUCAUCACCUAUGUGUCUAUGUUCCUCAGGCAUUGUUCUGGGCUAGAUGAGGAUCGUACAGACACUGAAGUUCCUUAUAUCCCAAAUUUUGGAUCACUUGAGUCAGUGAACUUGAGGCAGACGUCUGCAGAUGACCCAGAAGCACAAGCUUUGCUGAGAAGCUUUGAGAGGAGCAGUGAGCAGCUCCUGUGGAAGCAGUGGGCUAGGAGACCGUCAGGGAGCCUCCGAGCCACCUCACCUCACACCAGUUCCUCUGACCUCUCCUCCAGCGGCAGUGACAUCUUUUCAUCCUGUCGUAGCCAAAGCAUGACGGAACUAUCCGUGGGCAGCGCUGCCAUCUCUCCGUUUAACAAAAAGAAAAACGGGUCUCGAGGCAUUUUAAAGCCACCCAGUCCGCUGGACGCGAGGGUAGUCAGCCAGGAUAUUCGAUCAUGGUUGGAGAAAGCGUCUGCGGAUCAGGACUACAACAAGCCAAGAGUAGAUGAAAGUCACUUUUCUCUGAGCUCCGAGGAAGGAAUCUACAGCUUGUCAGCGCUGGACUCAGAUGAGGAGGAGGCCUACAGCUACAUCCUGGAUCUGAAUAAAGAGGUUUGCCAACCGUAUAAUCAGCCGAAAAGACAAGUACCCAGGGUUGAAGAGGAAACAGCGGAGGAAAUGUUCCUGAAUGGACAGCAGACGGAUGAGUCUGAACAUCUGGAAGUAUUUGAGAUGUUAAACAGCAAUGGAUGUAAACAUCAAGACGGCUCACUUGCACAACAUGUUGAAUCAGACGACGGCGCUCAGUCAGCGGUUCACAUGAAGCCUGAUUGGGACGAGGAUGAAAUCAGUUCCAGAGAGAUGGCAAACACCGGAGCUGUGUUUGACUCUGAGCCAGAGGGACAGGAAGAGGAGAGAGUUGUCAGCGGACAGAGUAAUGAUGAGGGUGAUUACAGUGAGGAAGAGAGGAAGACGGAGAAGACAGAAAGUGCCAAAUUGGAGACACAUGGAUUGGAUGAAACGGAGACUCGGGUGGAUGAAUCCGAGGAAACAAAGCGUUUUGAAGUGGCUAGUUGGGAGGAAGAGCUUGAGGAAGAAACAAAAAGAGGGCUGUUUGAAAAAUGUGGACAAGUGAGUGAGAAGCGAGUGACAGGCGGAGAGGAAGAGGAAGCCAAUUUGAUGAUGUUUGAGGAAGGGCAGGGAAGAAAGUUUGGAAAAGAAAAAGAUGAAGAGGGUAACGUAGCGGAGGAAGAGAUGGAGAGUGUUAGCGAGGAUGUAAAUGAAGUGAGAGGAGCCGGAGCAACGACAAUUAACACAGGAGGAGAAAACGAGAGCAAAGUCAGUGACUCCAAAAGAGAAGAUUUGAAAUGCACAGGUGAGGACGAAGAAGAACGCGAUGAUGAAGUGGACGUGGAGGCGACAGAGAAGAAAGAUGGAGAUGUUGAGACGACACGUGAACUGACGUCAGAUCGUUCUGGUGAAACGACCUCCAGAAAUCACUCGACCGGAGACGUUGACGUCCACGGUGGUGACGCCAGUUUCACACCUGCCAGCAGAGCAACUUCUCAGUCAUCCAGCAGAGAGGAGGGAUUCAGCGCUCCGUCUCCAGCAGCCUCUUGUGUCAUCACCCCGUCAGAGCUGGAAACGCUGCUGUCGCUGUGGAUUCUGCUCUACUGCUACUUCAUCCUCCCUCAGAUGAGCCUCUGAGUCCAGCUCCCCCUCCUGCACAUCACCCCCUUUUUUUUUCUUAAUAAGAUACACUUAUUAGCUCCGUUUUCCACAAAAUGAGCCGAGCAGGGACACUUAGCGCCGGCUUGACUCUUUAUCUGUGUCACAAUAAUUUCCCUCAAGGCAACUUUUAAUGAUUCUGUUUGCUUUUUUUUUUUUGCUGCCAGGAGAAAUAUUUUAUUUCAGAUAAACACAGACUGCUGUUGGUCUUAUUAAUAUGCAUUUUCCUCAGCCGCUUGGUCUCUUACAGCACACAGAUUAUCAGACAUGUGGAGAGUGAGGUGUGUUUUGCUGAGUGAGUGUCCGUAAAGCUUCUUUCAUUUGGAGGGUAACAACCACAUGGUGGCAUCGCAGCAUCACAACAGCAGCUUCCCUUACUGCUCUCUGUUGACUGCUGGGAAAAAAAAAAUCCCUCAUGACCUGCUGUUUUAGUUAGAAGCUGUAUUGACAUGGGGGAGAUUAAGCCGAGAGUAUUUAAUGAGCACUUCUGACAUGUCGUAGUCUCUCGCUGUGUCACUUGUGGCCGAGAAUGUGUCGCGCUUCAUUGUUUCCCCAGCAGACACGAUCAAGUUCAAGCUAAUCAACCGUGCAGUCGUUCUCAUGACGCUUUGCUGACUGUGAUGUAAAUAAUAAAUCAGAUACUUGUUCUGUGA